AUGUCGACAUCGCACUAUCAGCCAGACCGAGAUAUUCCUGACCUCUCCGGUCGAGUAUACUUGGUGACUGGAGGUAAUAGUGGACUUGGAUACGAAACCAUCAGACAGCUUGCCCGGCACAAUCCGCAAAAGAUAUGGAUGGGAGCGCGAAAUAAGGCCAAAGCCGAAGCCGCCAUUGAGGCGAUCCAGAGGGCGAACAAAAUCCAAUGUGCACCAAUCGAGUUUCUGGAGCUCGACCUUGCCUCUUUCGAGAGCAUCAAGGCCGCGGCGCGACGGCUCAACCUCGAAACAAAUCGGCUUCACGUCUUGAUCAAUAACGCAGGGAUUAUGGCUUGUCCUGAAGGGCAGACGAAGGAAGGCUACGAGCUUCAAUUCGGGACCAAUCACCUUGGCCACGCGCUGUUAACCCAAUUGCUUAUGCCAAAGCUCAAGCAGACGGCACGUUCUGGAUCUGAUGUUCGAAUUGUUAUACUCUCUUCUCGUGGCGAACGCUACGCGCCACCCGAAGGCUAUCUUUUCGAACCUGCCGACCGGAUUAAAUCCGGAAUGCCUGAGAUCUCCACUUGGGCACGGUACGGCCAGUCCAAGCUGGCAAAUAUACACUACGUCCGGUCUUUAGCACGUCAGCACCCAGACAUUAUCUGUGUCUCUAUUCAUCCUGGUCGCGUAAACACCGGCCUGGUCAGAGGUAUGGCAGAGUCUUGGCCCUGGCUCUCCUGGCUCAGCCCAAUCAUUAUGCCGCUGACAACUGUGCCGGUGACUGAGGGUGCAAAGAAUCAAUUAUGGGCUGCCACUGCACCUAAGCAACAGAUUCGUUCCGGUGAAUUCUAUUGGCCUCUCGGGGUAACUGGGAUGGGCACGGCUAAAGUCAACGAUGAGACGAUGGAGACAAGAUUGCGUGACUGGACAGAGAAGGAGCUGCGAGGUCACGUGGAAUUAUAG